AUGACGGGAACCAGGACUCCACUCCGCCUUCGAUUAUGUCCUCGAGCUUUCAAUUCAGAGGAUGUCGUCGAAGAGGAUGCAGGUCAGGAGGAGCAUACCCUUCCCGACGGAGCAAACCCUUCGCAAGAGGAAGCGCCGUCUGGAGGGGCGAGCCCGGCUCAGACUAUAAAUUCAUUACAUCUUGCAGAUGAGGGAUCGGGCGAGGCUCUUCAAUAUCGCUUUAGGGUCAUCCUGCGAGAUGGGGAAGGUUGGAUUACGGUGGAGGAAUAUUCCUUUGCUACGUCUCUACCCUCGCUCGUGGAAGUCACAGCGGAGAAGAACGCAGGUGAAGGACAACUCCUUUUCGACAUAAGGCUCUGUGCUUUUGAAGCCGCCCUCGCCCAUGGCACUAAUACCAUCCAUUUCUUCCCAGAAGGUUGA